UGGUUUCUACUCGGACCUAUUUCGGAAAGCUCACCUUCACUUCCUGUUUUUGCUCCGAAGUUACAACGUGGGUUCGGUGCAGUUUACCGGUGUGUAGUAACAGUGUUAUGUGUGACCAGAGUCUUGUUCACUUUCCACAAUGCAGAUAUCUAGUGUGAAUGACGUGAAGAUUUACAAUUUAAGCCAUGGGAAAUCUCUUCCAGAGUGGCUGUCAGAUCGGAAAAAGAGGCAGUUACAAAAGAAAGAUGUUGAUAUCCAGCGCAGGAUUGAGCUCAUCCAGGACUUUGAGAUGCCCACAGUGUGCACCUCUAUCAAAGUGUCCAGGGAUGGGCAGUUCAUCCUGGCAACAGGCACUUACAAACCCAGGAUUCGCUGCUAUGACACCUACCAGUUGUCCCUGAAGUUUGAGCGCUGUCUGGAUUCAGAUAUUGUGGCUUUUGACAUCCUCUCUGAUGACUACUCUAAGUUGGUGUUUCUGCACUGUGACCGCUACGUAGAGUUGCACUCCCAGCAUGGACAAUACUACAAGACACGUAUUCCAAAGUUUGGACGGGACUUUUCUUACCACUACCCCUCCUGUGACCUCUUUUUUGUGGGGACAAGUUCCCAGGUGUUUAGACUGAAUCUGGAACAAGGGCGCUUCCUCAACUCCCUUCAGACCGAUGCUGUGGAAAACAAUGUGUGUGACAUCAACCCCGUCCAUCAUUUGUUUGCCACAGGAACCUCUGAGGGAAGGGUUGAAUGCUGGGACCCCCGUGUCCGGAACAGAGUGGGCAAGCUGGACUGUGCCCUGAGCAGCCUCGCUGAGGGAGCAGAAGUUCAAAGUUUGCCCUCAAUAAGUGCUCUGAAGUUUAACGGCUCGCUCACCAUGGCAGUAGGAACGAGCACAGGACAGGUGCUGCUCUAUGACCUGCGCUCCAACCAGCCACUCCUGGUUAAAGACCACUUCUAUAACCUUCCAAUCAAGUCACUCAACUUCCACGAUCAACUGGACCUGGUUAUAUCUGCCGACUCCAAGAUUAUAAAAGUCUGGAACAAAGACACUGGCAAGGCCUUCUCCUCCAUACAGCCUCAGACCAACAUCAAUGAUGUUUGCAUCUACCCUAAUUCAGGUAUGCUCUUCACUGCCAAUGAGGAUCCCAAGAUGAACACAUUCUACAUCCCGGCCCUGGGCCCUGCACCUCGGUGGUGCUCCUUCCUUGACAACUUGACAGAGGAGCUGGAGGAGAGUCCGGAGAGCACAGUGUACGAUGACUACAAGUUUGUAACACGGAAGGAUCUGGACAAUCUGGGUUUGUCUCACCUGGUGGGAUCAUCUCUCCUGAGAGCCUACAUGCACGGCUAUUUCAUGGACAUCAGGCUUUAUCACAAGGUCAAAAGCAUGGCAAAUCCUUUUGCAUACGAGGAGUAUCGCAAGGAUAAGAUCCGCCAGAAGAUCGAGGAGUCCAGGACACAGAGAGUGCAGGUUAAGAAACUGCCCAAGGUGAACAAGGAGCUGGCUCUCAAGCUGAUGGAGGAGGGUGAUGACGAGGCAGAGCUGGCUUCUAGGAAAAAGAAGGGCAAGACUCUCCCCAGCGUCCUGGGGGACGACCGCUUCAAGGUGAUGUUCGAAAACCCAGAAUACCAGGUGGACGAGCGGAGCGAAGAGUUCCGUCUCCUCAACCCCAUCGUCUCCAAGGUCGGACAAAAGAGGAAGAAGAAGCUGCGUCUGCUGGCUCAGCAGGCUGCCGCUUCCCAACAGGCGGAUGAAGAGGACGAGGAGCCCGAGGGGCGAGCCAGCUCCGAGGAGGAGAGCUCGGACGACGACAAGAGCUGGGUGGAGGAGGUGAGGGAGCAGCGGAGGUUGCUGUGGGAGGAGGGCCGAGAUCGCCGCAGGCAGGAGAGGAAGGAAGCAGACCGCAACACUGUCCUGCUGGAGACGGAGCAGAACGGAGGCGAGGAAACCUCAAACAUUGCCGAGAGCAAGAAGACAAGCCGGCCUCAAUAUUAUCAGAUCAAAGCCGGGGAGGAGUUCAGAAGUUUUAACGACAUGGCCCGCAAGCAGAGACUACAGAAGGCUUCAUUGGAGGACCGUCUGAAAUUAGAGGAGCACUCUGGAACCGGCACCAUGACCGACACUGCAGUGGGCAGCAAGCAGCUUACCUUCAGUCUCAAAAAGUCGGAUCAACAGAGGAAGCAGCAGCAGGCAGAGCAGGAACACCACGAGGAGCGGAGGAAGCUGAGGCGCUCGGCCGGACACCUGAGCAGCGGCCGUGGCAGAGGCUGGGGAGGCGGCAGGGGAGGAGGAGGAGGGAGAGGAGGGAGAGGAGGGAGAGGGAGAGGGGGGGAGGGGAGGAGG